UCCAAUUCGAUUUCACUUCACUUUCUACAAAUCCAACCAGCAAUAUCUCAAAUCAAUUCAUACAGAGAAAAACAGAGAACGAAGAAGAAGCAAAAAAUGUUGGCUUUUUCAACAGUGAUAACAUCAGGGCCAAAUCUAUACCUUCCAAAGAAACCCCGGAAUUUUCACUUCCCAAUUCGGUGCCUUUCUUCGACAUCUUUAUCAGCUUCGAGCCAACCAUCAAAGUUGACCCAAUUCGAUUUAAAGACUUACUGGACUACCCUUAUAGCAGAAAUCAAUCAGAAGCUUGAAGAAGCAAUCCCGGUCAAGUACCCAGAGCAGAUCUAUGAAGCUAUGAGGUACUCUGUUCUUGCAAAGGGUGCUAAGCGAGCCCCUCCCGUUAUGUGUGUCGCCGCUUAUGAACUCUUUGGUGGUAACCGACUCGCUGCUUUUCCUACAGCUUGUGCUCUUGAAAUGGUUCACACUGCUUCACUAAUUCAUGAUGAUCUUCCCUGCAUGGAUGAUGAUCCAGUACGCAGAGGUCAACCGUCUAACCAUACAAUUUAUGGUGUCGACAUGGCAAUCCUGGCUGGUGAUGCACUCUUCCCUCUUGGCUUCCGCCAUAUUGUCUCUCAAACACCUACUGAACUUGUUCCUGAGGCACGCAUCUUGCGUGUGAUUGCUGAGAUUGCCCGCACAGUGGGAUCUGCUGGCAUGGCUGCUGGGCAGUUCCUAGACCUCAAGGGUGACGCCAAUUCUGUUGAUUUUAUUCAAGAGAAAAAAUAUGGUGAAAUGAGUGAGUGCUCUGCAGUGUGUGGGGGUUUGUUGGCUGGUGCUGAAGAUGAUGAGAUAGAAAGGUUGAGAAGGUAUGGGAGAGCUGUUGGUGUAUUGUAUGAAGUGGUUAAUGAUGUUUUGGAGGCAAAAUUGGUGGAAAAGGAGGAAACUGAGAAGAACCAAAAGAAAGGUAAAAGUUAUGUGAGUAUGUACGGGGUUAAGAAGGCGAUGGAGGUGGCAGAAGACCUUCAGACCAAGUCUAAGGGCGAAUUGGAUGGGUUUGACAAGUAUGGUGAGAGUGUAGCAGCACUAUAUAGCUUCAUAGAUUAUGCUUUUUAUAGAGACUUCAAUGUUGAUGACUUGAGCUAAUGAUGCAUUUUUUUGCAUUCUGCAAUUGAUGAGGCGCUUAAUGUUAUUGAAUUUA